AUGAGCGCUUCUAGCAUUGACAAACAGCCUCAUUACACUGAAGAUGCACCUAUUAAUCUUGAAGAUGAUCGGGUCGAAAACUAUAUCAAGCAAGACUUGAAGUGGUGGAAACAAUCCCACUUGAUUAAGUUGAACUUUUUAUUAUUUCUUUGUACUUUGGCCAGUACCAACAAUGGGUAUGAUGGGUCGAUGUUGAACGGUUUACAAAGUUUGGAGUCCUGGAACAAAAAAAUCAACCCUAGUGGUGAUUCAGUGAAGUUGGGGGCUUUGUCAAAUGGUACUAUUUUUGGAAGUAUCAUUGGUCUUCCUAUAGUUCCCUACAUUGUGGACAGAUGGGGAAGAAGAGUGGGGAUUUUUAGUGGCCAGCUUUUGUGUUUGAUUGGAGCCAUUUUACAGGGGGUUAGUACCAACUACGCUUUCUUCCUUUCGGCAAGAAUGGUUUUAGGUCUUGGUAAUGCAUUCAUGGUGGUUAGUGCUCCCGCUCUUAUUUCUGAAAUCGCUUUCCCAUCCCACAGAGAAGCUGCUACUGGGUUCUAUAAUACUUGUUGGUACUUGGGAGCUUUCCUCGCUGCAUGGAUUACUUAUGGUACUAACAAACUUGGUACUGAAAAUAACUGGGCCUGGAGAAUUCCAAGUUUCUUGCAAGGUUUCAUGCCACUCGUGCAAGUACUUACUAUCUUCUUUGUUCCUGAAAGUCCUCGUUUUCAUGUUUCAAAGGGACAGUUUGAUAAGGCUGAAGCUAUGUUGAGAAAACAUCAUAUUGGAGGAUCUAACGACCCAAUGGACUUGGCGUUGAUAGACUUUGAAAUGAAAGAAAUCCAAUUGGCUAUUGAGUUGGAGAAGUUGAACACUGAAUCUUCCUACUGGGAUUUCAUCAAAUUGAAGAACUUUAGAAAAAGAACCUUUUUGGUGUUUUACACUCCAUGCAUUAUGCAGUUGUCCGGAAAUGGUUUGGUGUCCUACUAUUUGAAUAAGGUAUUGAACUCCAUUGGUAUCACCGACUCCGAUAGGCAAUUGCAAAUAAAUGGAUUCCUUAUGAUGUACAAUAUGUUCCUUUCUAUGGGAGUGGCAUUUGUGUUCAAGUACUUCAAGAGAAGAAAAAUGUUUUUAUUCUCCAUUGCAUCCAUGUUAAUUUGUUACAUCUUGUGGACCAUUUUAUCGGCAUUGGCUGUGAAAAGACACUAUCCUACGUCUUUAUCCAACGGGGUUUUGGCUUUCAUCUUCCUUUUCUAUGCGUCGUAUGAUAUCGGUCUUAAUGGUUUACCCAUCUUGUAUAUCACUGAAAUCUUACCUUACACCCACCGUGCUAAAGGUUUGAACUUGUUCCAGUUUGGUCAAACUUGUACUUUAAUUUUCAACGGGUAUGUUAAUCCUGUGGCCAUGGACGCGAUCGAGUGGAAAUACUACAUCGUCUGGUGUUGCAACUUGGCGGUCGAAUUGGUGGUUGUGUACUUCUUCUACCCAGAAACAAACUUACACAAGGACACGACUUUGGAAGAAAUCGGGCAAAUCUUUGGAGACCCCAUUUCCGACAGCCGUCUUAUGUCUAUUUCUCAUGAGGAAAAGCUUGAAGUUGAACACAGUGCUUAA